AUGUACGCGGAUAUCCUCCUCCUCGCCCUCGCCACCUCCACCUUCCUUCUUUACCGAUGGAUCACUGCAUCUCGCCUGAAGCUCCCCCCGGGUCCUCCUGCGGACCCGUUCAUAGGCAAUCUCCGCCAGAUGGCCUCCUUUGACAGCCAGCAAGAAACUUUCGCUGAGUGGGGAAAAGUAUUUGGGGACGUCAUGCACGCCAGAAUCUUCGGGCGCUCCAUGAUUAUUCUGAACUCCUUCCGAGCCGCGCGUGAUCUGAUGGACAAACGAAGCCUCAACUACUCUUGCCGCCCGCGUCUCGUUCUCAUUGCCGAAAUGAUGGGCUGGGAUUCCGUGCUCACCAAUUUGCCUUACGGCGAGCGAUUCCGCAAGCACCGUAGAUUAAUCCAGGAAGCAUUUUCCCCACAGGCGAUCCUUGCUUUUCGCCCUCUGCAGCGCAUGGAGGCCUGCACGCUUCUGCUCGGACUGCUGGAGUCACCGGAUUCCUUCAUGGGCCACGUGCGGAGAUUUUCGGCGGCGACGAUCAUGAAAAUAGCAUACGGACACACAGUCAACUCGGUUGACGAGUUGUAUGUACGCCUCGCCGAGGAGGCCGCGACUGACACGGUCAACUCGGGAAGCCCCGGGUCGAUGCUUGUUGAUUUCUUAACGUCAUAUGUCUUGUGUGACUCAGUGAAAUAUUUGCCAAGUUGGAUGCCUGGCGCAGGAUUCAAGAGGCAUGCAUCCAAGACGCGUGUGAAGGUGCACCGAAUGAUUGAUGCGCCAUUCCAGAUGGUAAAAAGGACCAUGGCCGCGGGUACCGCCAUCCCGUCGUUCACGUCCAGUCUCCUCGUUGAUAAGGAAUCUGGGAAUCCCACCGAUUUGAAGGAGGAAGAAGACAUAAAAGCUGCAGCUGGGGUCCUUUACGGAGCUGCGACAGAUACGACAAGCGCUUGUCUCGAUACCUUCUUCCUCGCGAUGACUCUGUAUCCUGAAGUCCAAGCGAAGGCACAAGAGGAGCUUGAUCGUGUCAUCGGGCCCGACCGUCUCCCCGAUUUUAAUGACAGAGAAGCUCAUUCUCUUCCAUAUCUCGAAUGUGUCAUCAAAGAGGUAUAUCGUUGGGGUGCCCCUGUUCCUCUUGGCCUUCCACAUCGGUCUAUGAAGGAUGAUCGAUAUCGCGGGUAUGAUAUUCCAGGGGACACCAUCAUCGUCCCCAACAUAUGGUCAGACAUGUACCCAGAGCCGAACGUCUUCUGGCCGGAUCGCUUUGCGCAUCAAGAUAACGCAACCGCCGAGGUGACGGAUCCCAAAAAUACUGUUUUCGGGUUUGGAAGGCGGGUCUGCCCGGGCCAAUGGUUCGGGGAUGCGAACAUAUGGCUCAUCACCGCCUGUGUGCUCGCAACUUUCCGGAUUUCGAGGGCACGCGAUGAGCGAGGCGAAGACAUCAUCCCCGCGGGGCUUUUUAGCACCAACUUCGUGCGACACCCUAAACCCUUCAAAUGCGGUAUUAAGCCGAGGUCGCAGAAAGCAGUCGAACUGAUUCACGAGAUCAUCAGCAGUUUGGCUGGCUGA